AUGGGUUCUAUUUGUGGAACGAAUAAUAAAAGAGUAAUUCCAAAAACAAAGAAAGCACAUUUAGGUUUAAGGUCAGGGCAAACAAUUUCAUCAUAAUCGGUGUUCUAGCAACAAUUAAAUAAAAAAACAUAAGAGAUAAACCAAAUUCAUAAACUGGAGAUCCAAGAUGAAGAUUUAGUGAACUGGGAUGAUCCAAUGAAACACUGCACGAAUCUACUAAAACCAAAAGGUUAUAAAGUAGCAAGAAUUCUAAAGACAACAAGUUCAUCAAUUACAGCUGAAGUUCUAGAUGGUUUUGGAACAUAAUUAAUAUUUAAGCGUUCUCUUUUUGAGAGCUUUGAUAAUGCCUCGAAUAAUAUAUCAUAUUUGUAUAACAUGAACAAAGUCAGCGCUGAAGGUUUGUUAAGGUUUACUUCAUUAACAAUCAGUUAAUUUGAAUCAACCAAUUUGCAAUAGAGGCCAGAGAAAACUCUCUAUGCAAUAGAUAGAAUGAUACCAAAAUACAAUACGCUGAGCGACUCUCUGGAAAAUUUAAAAUUAGAAUCUCUAAUGCAAAGUUUACUCGUUUUGGAACAAGUUAGUGAUGCGUUAAAUUAACUACACAAAGAAAAGUUCGCAUAUCGUUUCCUAAGGCCGGAAAGCAUUUUAACAAAAGACGGUAAAAAAUUUCUCUUAAGUAAUCCAUCUAUAUAAACUAAUCUUAAAGAAUAAAAAAUUAUCAAACACUUUGUUUAAUAAGAAAGUGAUUACUACAUAUAUGAUUGUGUGAUUUUUUCAUUAUUAUUUCUGUUUCUGGUUGAUCAUAAGAUAUACACUUUUGAUUCGCUAAUUGAACUUCGAUUGAAUUAAGAUGAAUGGGAAGGAUUGGUUGAUAACUAUAAAUAGUCAAUAGCAUCUCAAUUUGAAAAUGAUGUGCCUUAAAUGAUUAUGCAGUUAAUCGAACAAAUGAGUGUCUUUGAUAAAUUUGACAUUCCGAAAAUGAGUGAGAUUAAUCAUGCCAUAAAAAGUGUUCGUUAAAAAGGAAUGCAAACCUAUUUUAAAAAUGAUUCACUUGGAGCCUAUUUAUAAUAUCAUAAAGAAAAGACAUUACCUGAGGCAUCUCCUUGGUUAUAUUUCACUAAAGCAAAUCAAAUUCAUUUGUAUAAUUACGAAACUAAUAAAUUUCAUUUUUUGAAGGUUUAUAGAAAGAAACAGCCAUUCAAAAUAGAAUCUGAUGUAGUUUAUCAUCCUACCGAAGAUAAGUUCUUCUUCUUUAGUCAUAACACAUCUACAUUCCUAUUAAAAGUGUAUGAUGAAUCACAUGACAGAGGAAAUAUUAGUUAAAAGCGAGAAGUUGAAUUGUUUAGAAAUAUAAAGAAUGUCAAAUUUGAAGAUCCAUAACUAUUGGUGAUUAAUUUUACAACUGAAGAUGAAGCUAAUUAAGAGUAGCCUUUAGAAGUGAUUGAGGAUAAGAAAGAAAAUAAAAAGGGCAACAAGUAGUAAUAAUAGUAGUAGAAUGUCUUGGAGUAAGAACCAAAAUUAUUAUCGAAAAUUAUGGUCAUGAAUUAAUAAUAAUAAGCAGAUGAAGCUACUUAAGAAGUUUAUUUUAAUUCUUUUGAAGUGUCAUUUAAUUUAGAGUUAGUAAAGAAUGAUAAUGAAGAAGAUGUCUAUAAUUACGGAGAUGAUGAAUAUAUAACCAAAAAAGUAAUCAAAAUCUAUUAAGGGCCGAAGAAUUAUUAAUGGCAUAGAAGUUCUUUUCAUUUCUUUGAUCCACAUAACAAUUACAUUUAUUGUAUUCCUGAUUAUAAUAAUGUAUUCUAAAAUGGAAUCAGAUAUUGUUAUUACGACGUCUCUAAAAGAAAAGGGAAUUUCAAAGAAGGAUUAUUGAGAUUUGCUUGCAGCACUGAUGAAAUAUUCAAGUAGUUUUGUCUAUUAAACUUUAAAAUUAAACAUAUCGUAUAUUGUAUAGAAGUUCAGCAUGGAGUAUUUUUAAUGUAAGCAUCAAAAAACAUGCUGAUUUUGGAUUUUAAUUUUAGAUGUUUUUAUUCUUUGGCUUCUCUUAACUAAUUAUAGAAUUACAAAGAGAACAACAAGGAAAAUCCAAUUUUGUAUCAGAAUGCUUAUGAAACCAGAAACCAACCUUUCGAACUAAAGUGUUUGGAUGCUGGAGGACAUAAUUUUUUAUUUUAGAAUGGAUAUUUGCAUUGCUUAGCUAGAAAGGAGAUAGAGACAGUUCAUUGUGUCUUUAAUAUUCUUCCAAAUUAAGCCUGCAUAGAAUUGUUAAAUUGCUAUUCUUUGCACACUAAUUAAGACUUACUGCUUUUCAUUCCUAAAACUCUAAGUUUUGUUGUAAAGGCAUAAUAAAAACAGGUGGAUGAAAGUGUGUUUCGAAGAUAUUCAAAGCAUGUCAGAUAAUAUGGUGUGAUUAAAGACUUAUAUGCAGAUCAUAAUGAGGCUUAUUUAAGUGCUGAAACUAUGGAAGAAAAGCAAAAAUUUUAUUUACAUCAGAUCAAAGUUGAGUCUUUGGUAGAAGUGUCCUAGUUGUUCCAAGCAUUUAAUAAGAAGAUUCUUUCAGAAAUCCUAUUGACUCCUAUUGAAUACUUUGCAUGUUCAGAGGAAAAAAAUUCGUUUUAUAUGUAUUAUGUCAAUGAGGAAAUUUCAACUACUUUAGACUCUGAAGUCGAAAAUAGAAGACUUUAUAAAAAUCCUUUUGAAGCAAAAGAAUUAGCAUUGAUUGUAAAAAUUAUCUUUAAGGCUUUAAAAGAAUUGAAAGACAAUCAUAUGGAACAUGGAAAUUUAUCAACUAAUAGCUUAUGCUUUACAAAAGCUGGAAUUAUUAAAAUAUCAGGUUGGUAUGUAGCUAAUAGGAAGAAUUUCUCUACUGAUAUUGAUGAUGCAGUGAAGGUUCUAUAUUGUCUAGCUACACUUUAAAGAGUGUAGGACAUUGACACUAUGGAUUUUACAAAUCCUUAAAUCACUGCUUAUGAUGGUCUCAGCGAAUUUUUAAAGUCGACUUACAAAUUACCUAAGAAAACACCCUAUAUCAAUGUAUUGAAUUCAGCCUUGAAUUUGAGCAAAUCAUUGACAGCUUAAAAUAUUGAAUUCAAUGAAAUGCAAAGCAAGGCUUAGGCAAUCUUAUGGGUUGGUUAUGGCCAGAACUACAUCAUCAUAACUCCAUUAGAAAAUAUGAAGGACCCAAGAUUUAUGAAAGUCUGCAUCUUAAAACCAAACUAAACUAACUUUAAAAUAUCUAAACACUGCAUGUUCACUUUUAACUUUAUCGAUGUUAUUUAUAUAUCUGGAGCUAUUAAGGAGGAUAUGAAAACACAGCACCUUUAUGAGUGUGCAUACAAUAAGCACAAGGACACACAGACUGUUACUUUAAAGAGAUUACCUGACAUUCCAGCCCCAAUCUUGAGUCCAUCUAUGUUAUAUGCUGAAGGCAGAAUCUAUGUGAUUGGAGGCUAUGAACUUGGAGAAAACUUAAACAAAUAAAUUACUGAUAAGGUCUUUGUCUACACUAUUAAGACCAAAUAAUGGAAGCCUUUAAAAAAUCUACCGAUCAACAUCUAUGGAGGAACAGCCCUGCAUGAUGCAGACAAGAAUAUGAUAUUCUUAUUUGGCGGUGUUUCAAGUGAGAUCGAUCUGACUUCGGACAAACUCAUUUAUUUUACCUAUGAUAUAUUGAAAGAUAAUUGGGAAUUCAAUGUUGAUUUAUCCUUCAAAUCUCCAUUCGUAAAUUCAAGAUUUACAAAACCAAUUGUUGAUAUGGUGAGUCCAAAAUUAUUCAUAUCUUAUUACAAAACUGAAGAGGACUUUUUUAUUGAGGUUUUCGAACUUGUUAAAGCUGGUGUUAGUUUGAAAUUUAAAAUUAAGAAUCCAAUUGGCAAAAAGAAAAAUGAAAAAGAAAAUUUAGAAGCUUAUGCUGAAAAAGCGCCUAGAGAUUAUGAAAGAACAUUGCAAGAUGAUUUAUCAAUGGCUGUUUAUAAAGAUUCUAUUUAUGUAUUGGAUGAAGAGACUUAGAAUCUUAAUAUUUUCAGAAUCAAAGAUGUCUUUCAUCCUUAAAUCGAUAUUGUUAAAUGUUAAAUUAGGGAUAGCAAUCCUAUAACAAUCCAUUUAGUUUAAUAAGAAGCUCAAUAAUGA